UCGAAGUGUGCCUAUUCGAUGCUAACACUUUAGAUUAUUAGACUAUGCUACUUUAAAUAUGUACAUUCCUUUUUGCGGCGUUCAAUGUGUUUGCAUCACAUUUUCAACUCUAUGGAUAGUUAUUUUUUAUGUUGCCCUAAAUAAGAAAUGUUUAUGUGCGCUCUAGGCAACAGCUGGUAGAUACAGUGCGUGUAGGCUGAUCUACAAGAAUCAAUGAUUAUAGAUAAGAGCGAUUUUUAUUUGUCAAAGCUGUCAAGAAUCGAUUAUCAUGUCACAAGAAUCAGACCCUCGAUGUUUAGGCUAUUGGAAAGGAUCAUCAAGAUCACCGUGCACUUUCAACACCCUGUGAAGUUCAUAAUAAAUUAUUUCAUUGAUAAACUGCAUGGUUUCCCAAGUCGUAGAGGGAGGACCACACAAUAUAUCAUAGCGUGACUUCAAUUUUACUUCGAUAUUAUGGUUAUUAUAUCAACAUUUGCUCAUAAAGGCGUUUCCCCCGCAGUUGGUUGCAUAAUUCGUUUUACCGAUAGCAAAAGAUCUCCGCAUUUCGAACGAACAAACAUAGUCGCAGCAGUCAUGUUUUUUAGAUUUUUUUUUAUUUUUACAUAUGGGAUGACUUCACUCGCAUAAAAACUGGAUGGAUAAGUGGUUAUUGAGCCGAUAUUGGACAAAGAUCUUUCUCCCCUGUCACACUUGACAUCGAUCUGUGUCUGACUGUGUCCAUGAUGCGCUGCCUCGUUCAGAAGAAAACAUACCUCGUCAUUUUAUCUCCACUGCUACUGUUCGCCCUCCUCCGCUACUGGACUCGAAGGGCCACCACCACUGUUGACGUGGGACCAGGCCAGAGCUACAAGGCACAGAAGGUUCUGAAGGAGAGGCUGCAAAAUGUCCAGAAUAGUUAUGACAAUAUCCCAUAUGUCCUGAAGGAAAGUGUGGCAGGGCGUCUGGCACUGAACGUGUGUGUGUGUGAGGCAGAUAAGAAGCCUGCCAUCGACCUGCCUUUUGCCCAAGUGCUGUUCCCCCGUGUCUGGGCCCAGGAUGACUUCCACACAGCCUUCCAGGAGGCAGAGCUGGCUCAGGUGAAAAGUCGCAGGCAGCAGGAGUACAACAGCUUCCAGCAGAGGUACCAGACUCCCGCAGACCUCCUUGUUAUAGCAGAAGCCAACAGUCCCCUACAGUACCCUACCCAGGGGGUGGAGGUUCGCCCUCUCAAGACUAUCGUUAUCCCUGGGUUGGGUCUGAAAGAAAAGCAUAGACAGCUUCAUACAGUGAAUCUGACUGCUACCCUGGGGAUAUUUGAUGUGUUAGCCACCGUAGACGGGGUCUCCAUUAGAGGACAGGGAGUGAUGCACAUGACUUUGUCCAGUAGACUCCUCUCCACUCUGAACAGACAGCUACAGUUUGUCACCUACACCAACACCUUGUUCCACCCUAGGACGGCUGACACAGUGCAGUUUGAGACUGAUGGACACCAGUCCGUUUUUACCAUAAAGGUUGGACAUGCUGUUAUUCCCAAGCUCUAUCACUCAGGUUACACUGGAGAAUACAACAUAAGCUCACUUGUCACCAUAGCUACCAAGACAUUUCUGCGUUAUGACAAACUGCAGGAUCUGAUUGACAGCAUACGGGAGUUCUAUCCCACCGUCACCAUAGUGAUAGCAGAUGACAACGAGCACCCCCAGCCAGUGAUGGGUCCACACAUUGAACAUUACAUUAUGCCGUUUGGGAAGGGUUGGUUUGCAGGGAGGAAUCUGGCCGUCUCUCAGGUGACCACCAAGUAUGUGCUGUGGGUGGACGAUGAUUUCCUCUUCACCUCCAACACCAGGCUGGAGAAUAUGGUGGAGAUCCUGGAGAAGACCACCCUGGACAUGGUGGGUGGUGCUGUGAGAGAAGCUACAGGCUACACUGCUACUUACCGCCACACCAUCUCAGUGGAGGAAGGGGGUGAGGAGGGGGACUGUAUACACAUCAGAAAUGGAUACCAUCAUGUCAUUGAGGGCUUUCCUAACUGUGUCCUAGCCGACGCUGUUAUCAACUUCUUCAUGGGGAGGACAGACAAGAUGCAGCAAGUGGGAUUCGAUCCUCGUCUGAACCGUGUGGCUCAUCUAGAGUUCUUCAUCGACGGGCUUGGGAUCCUCCACAUAGCUUCCUGUGAUGACAUCAUCAUAAACCAUGCAUCAAAGAUCAAGUUGCCAUGGGGCAAGUCGCACAGUGAGAAGGCCUACGCCAAGUUCCGCUACUCCUCAUCGGAUGCUGUCCAAAUCAAAAAUGCCCUUUUUUACUUCAAGAACAGACUCAAAUGCAUGUCUAGUAACUGAAACAGGCUCUACAAGCUAUCACUUGAGGUUUUAAAACUGAGGUUUUUAUUUUUGUUACACUGAGCAGCCAUUUUUUUGUCAUCACCAACAGAGGUGUCAUGCCCAUAGGGGGCAUAGGGGCAUGUUCCCCCCUCGGAUUAUAUUUUGUGUAUGUAAUUGUUGUUUCUCUGUAAUACUACUAGCCACCAAUGAUUUUUAUGAGGUUGGCUUUAGCUAAUUCAGAUUGGGAACCUCUCCCCCAACCUCAUAACUAGCUAACAACGAGAAGCCAUUUCAGGAUAUCAAUCAAGCUAGAGUAGCUGGCAUGCCUGCUGACAAGGUUCGUAUACUUUAGAAAAGAACGCAAUAACUAAAUAAGACUCAUAUUCCUUUCAAUCUUUUACCUGGGUUUUAGCAGAGAUUCUGAGAAUAAUAUUUAUCACCAGUCAGGAGGAUACAGAGGCUCAAGAGGGUAUGCUAAGUAACCAGUAAAAUAUACAUAUUCUUUAGAUAUAUGAAGCGUAAUGAUUAUAGAUGGCAGGAAAAAGCUGUUUCGGUUUUUAAGAACAAAUGUAAAAUCUCCAACUCCCGGACGAGGGACAUACCCCCGCAAGCCAUCCUCAUGUACUUUGUGCCCCCUCUGAUUUUUGGGGUUCAUGAUGCCCCUGGUCACCACCACAGCAUUUGUUGUGGACACAGUGAAUGUGUGGAAACAAA